UAUUGUUAUCUGUUGUAAAAGUGUAUUGCUAUAAAAUAACAAUUUAAAAUAUUUUUGUAAGCUACUUUUUUUAAAAGAAUUAACUAAAAUUGCUUUAUUUAGUGCGUGUAUGUAAAUUUUAAGUAAGUAGUUAGGACUGUGUCCGAGUAAAACAGACGUACAGAUGUUAGAAAAUGUUAUGUAUAGCCGAAACUAAAAAUAUUAUUAAAGUUUUAUUAAAAUGAAUUUCAAUUCAAGCUUUAAAUGUUUCUCUCCUCCCGACAAGGCAAAGUGCAGCCCUUUUAUAGAUGCAAUCAAGCGACGCUCUUUUACCCGACACCCCGCUCUGACAACUUAUAUUGAUUUGUGACUGCGGUUUCAGUCGAGUGUGUAUGUGUGUGUGUGUGUGUGUGUGUGUAUAAUGAAUUAGUUUCAAAAUUGUAGACGUUUUAUUUUUAUUCUAAAAUAUUUGUCUGCUAAGUUUUACUAAUGAUUUUUCUCUACAUUGUUAUUACUAGAUGCGAAUAUUCAAGUUAACUAGAGAAAGCGUAUUGAAAAGAAAGUUAAACAAUAAAAUUUAAAUACCGAAACGAAUUUUUUUGAAGCGUAGCUUUAUUACAGUAUUUCUCAUUUUAAUCAAUAACGUCAUCAACUGUAUGAAUUUUUUUCAUAUAAGCAGACGUUGAGCAUAUUCUAAAAAUGAACGGUUUUGAAACAUCUAGCUUAAAUUCAAAGAUAAUAAAUGAGGUUUUUGAUAACACUUAUUUUAAAAUUAACAAAAUAUUGCAAGAAUUGAUUGGAAUAUGGCCUUAUCAGAAGAGAUUUGAUGCAUUAAUUAAACAAUUUAUUGUAAUACUCAUUCUCAGUAUGGUGGCAAUGCCACAUAUAAAUGGAAUAAGAGUAUGGUGUGGCAAGGAUUUAGGCCUUUGUGCAGAAAAUUUAGCGGGAGUUACUUAUGCUUCAGGAGUUUGCACAAAAUAUUUUGUUGUGACGCGCAGUAAAGAUCAAAUGACCAAAGUAUAUGAGAAGAUUACAUCGAAUUGGUUGACCAUUACUGAUCCCGAUGAAAGAGUUAUAUUAAAUAAGUUUGCACUAUUAGGGAAAUAUAAAUCUAUUGGAUACGUUGGAUACAUAACCGUUGCUGCUAUUUGUUUUUCUCAACUUGGUCUUUUGCCUAUACUCAUUGAUGUAGUUUUACCUUUGCAAAACGGAACCCGAGAAAAACUACGAGUUGUUAAAGCGGAAUUCGGCGUGGAUCCUUAUGAUUAUUACUGGCAUAUUUACGGUGCAUACUGUGCAAUCAGUGUUGUAAGUUCAGGAGUAUUAAUGGCAAUCGACACUUCUUAUACUGCAGUCGUACAUCAAAAUUUAGCCAUUUUUAACAUUGUUAAGUAUAGAUUAACUCAAGCAAAAAGAGCCGUUAAUACCGUUAAAGAUGUUGCUUAUGAGCAAAUUAUCUCCGCUAUUCGUCUACAUCAAGAUUCAUUGGAGUUUAACAAUCUUAUUGAACAUACAUAUGAUGUAUCCUUUCUUAUUUUGAUACUCAUAUGUGUUACUUUUCUCACUUUUGGGGCCAUAACGAUUAUGGAAGAAUCUGAUAGUUAUCUAGAUAUGUUUCGGCUGAGUCUACUUGAAUGCGGUGUUUGCAUACAUUUAUUUUAUUUAAGUUGGCCAGGUCAGUUGGUCGUUACUGAAAGCGAAGAUCUUUAUUAUUACACAUACAACAACGAGUGGUACAACUUGUCGGAAAAAUCAAAAACGUUAUUAAAAUUUAUGAUGUUACGAUGCAUGAAGCCGUGUUGCUUGACUGCUGCGGGAUUAUAAUUAAAUCAACAGUCUCCUACAUAACAGUCGUAGCCUCUUUUAGAGAAGACUAAAGAUUCGCCAAGUAUACCAAAAUAAUCAUGAAACAUAAAAUCUACUAGUCGCACAAAGUCUAUUAGUCGCGAGAAGGAUAUAAUAUUCCAGAAAAAAAGAGAAAUUUAUUUUUUCUACAUCUUGCCUCAUUUAUACAUCAUGUGCCACGUGAUAACAUACGCCAACUUUGUAUGCUCGAACACCAUCAAUAAAUAAUCUAUAUGUUGCAUUACA